CAGCAUGGUGUUGAGCAUGGUGGCGCUGGUGUCGUUGAUACAAAACUUCAAACUGUUGACGGACAGCGGAAGUGACGUGCUUCCGGUGGUCGCCUACCUGGCCAGCGGCCUGCGGCUGGUGACGUAUUUGUGUACAGCCUUCCUUACACAGCAUGAACGACGACGACAUGUCAUCACUUCCGGUUUACAGUUUGUCUUCUGGAGUUUUUUGAUGUUAUGCGACGUCUUCCUUUUAUACACAGCCAUCAUUGAAGAGGAUUAUAACGACGACAUCCUGAAAUUUGUUUUGCUUUGUGUGACCGUCGCCAUAGAGAGCAUGCAGACAAUCUUGUUCUGCUUCUCGGAAGUUUUUAAGGAAGCUCAGACUGGAUAUCAGCAACAGCAGAAGCGUCCAUGUCCAGAGGUCACUGCGUCCUUUCCAAGCCGGAUGCUGUUUGCAUGGAUGACAAGGUACAUCUACCUUGGGUGGCAAAAAGAUCUUACGGAGGCUGACCUUUUUGACCUCAACCCACGAGACAGCAGUGACGUCCUUGUCUCGUCCUUUGAGCGAGAGUGGGAGUUGGAGAGACAAAGAUUUAGUAACAAACAACGGGGUAAGCCAGGGAACGGCACCAACACCGACUCCACUAUCACAUCACUUCAACUUCUUCCCAAAGACUCCAUAGAACGAGACAUUCACCUUCCAGCAACCGUCUUGGAAACCAGAUCCCUCGUCCCAAGCUGUUCCGCCCACAAUUCGCGAGAAAAUGGCGGAGUCACCACAGCCUAUGGGACCCUCCACCGCCCAGGGGAGGACGAGGUGAAGGAAGAAACGCCGUCGCUGCUCCGAGUCUUGGUGAAACUCGUAGGACCUCGGCUCAUCCUCGGGCUGUUCGCGAACGCGGUAUCCGAAGGGAUCUUGACUUUAUGCCCCGUGUUAUUAGGGCUGAUGAUCGAGCAGGUGACCAGCCCCGACGACAACGACAAGCAGACGAGGUCUGGCUACGUGCUGGCGGUGCUGAUGUUCCUGGUGUACAUGGUCAGGACACUACUCGCCUGUUUCAGCUUCUGGUGUUGCCAAGUGGUCGGCAUGCAACUGAAGACCAUCCUCAUUGCCGCCAUCUACAAAAAGUCACUAACGAUGAACAGCGCCGCACGGCGACAGGCAGCCAGUGGGGAGAUAACCAACCUCAUGUCUGUCGACUGUCAACGCAUUCAGGAGGCCAUGUUCUUAUUCUUCGCUUGGACCACUCCUCUUCAGGCUAUCAUUGUUGUCGGUGUCCUCUACGUCUACAUCGGCCCCUCAGUCUUCGCCGGCAUCAUCGUGCUUCUCCUUCUUGUCCCCCUCAACUCCUACAUCUCAAGUUGGCAAAAGAAACUCAACAUCAGCAACCUCGAGUUCAAGGACAAGAGGCUUAGGCUGACCAAUGAUAUGUUGAAUGGAAUGAGGGUGGUAAAGAUGUACGCAUGGGAACCUUCCUUCAAAAAACUGAUCACAGACUUGAGGAGCGAGGAGACAAAUGUGUUGCUCAGAAUUUCCUACCUGAACAUGUUUAUGAGUGUGUGCGGCUACUUGGCACCUUUUCUGGUAACUCUGGCCACGUUUGCAACAUUUGUGGUUGUCUCCCCUGACAACCACCUGGACGCUCGGCGGGCCUUUGUCACCUUGGCCUUGUUCAACUUGCUCAGAGUGCCCCUGUACCUUCUGACCAAAAUCAUCUCCUUGACCGUUCAGUCUUUGGUGUCAGUACAAAGGAUCAACAAGUUUCUGUGCUGUGAAGACCUUGACACAGACAGCGUUACCUGUGCUGCCGAUUCAGUCGACGCCAUUUCCAUCAGAAACGGAAAGUUCACGUGGGACAAACACUACGAACCUGUCUUGAAAAACAUCGACAUCAGCGUCGGUGUCGGCAGGCUGGUAGCAGUGGUGGGUCACGUGGGAAGUGGAAAGUCGUCAUUGAUCUCGUCACUUCUAGGAGAAAUAGAAAAAGUGUCAGGGAAAGUAACCAUGAAGAGUUCUGUGGCCUACGUCCCUCAGCAAGCGUGGAUACAACACACAACGCUACGUGACAACGUCCUCUUUGGGAAACUCUUCAACGAACAAAGAUAUCAACAGGUCCUGCGGGCAUGCGCACUUGAGCCUGACCUGGCAAUACUGCCUGCUGGAGACAUGACUGAGAUUGGUGAAAGGGGCAUCAACCUGAGUGGGGGUCAGAAGCAGAGAGUGAGUCUGGCCCGCGCCGUGUACAGUGACAGCGACAUCUACCUACUGGACGACCCGCUCAGCGCCGUGGACUCGCACGUGGGCAAACACAUCUUCACCGAGGUCAUUGGCCCCAACGGCUUGCUCCAGCACAAGACUCGGGUGCUGGUGACACACGGCAUCCACUGGCUGCCGAUGGUUGACGAGAUAAUCGUGCUGUCCGACAACAGCAUCUCGGAGAAAGGCAGCUACGACACUCUCAUGUCCCACAACGGACCUUUCGCUAACUUCCUCAAACUUCAUCUGCAACAGAAGGAGGACAUGGAAGAAGAGGAAGACCCUGAGAUCUCCAUUCUCAUCAAUAAGAUCCGAGAGAACGUGGAGACGGCGACUUCCGAGGGCACAACUUCCGGCGAAGAUCUGACACGCAAAGACAACUCUAGACGCAGGAAGUCCAGAAGAACAACAUCAAAAUCAUCGAGGAUGACUGAUGCAACGAAAUGUAAAUUCAGCACGUGCCACCUUCAGGAAGACACAUCACAGGAGGACAACUAUAGGCUGGUGAAGGAAGAGACAAUUGAGAAAGGAAACGUGAAGACGAGCGUGUUUCUCACCUACAUACGAGCAGCAGGCGCCGUACCCUUCACGGCAUCCAUUUUGUUGUUCCUCCUCUUUGAAGCCGUCCAAGCUUCUAGUAAUUUCUGGCUCAGCCGCUGGACAGACGACAACUUCCUCGCCACAUCCCACGGAAACGCCACCUUGCGGCACAACUACAAAGUCAAGAACGACUACUACCUGAUGCUGUUUGGAAUGUUUGGCCUCGGGCAGAUCGUCACGCUGGUCCUCAGCACCUUCUUGAUUUGUGUUCGAACGGUUGUUGCCUCCAAGAACCUUCACAGCAGACUUCUUGCUAGUGUACUGCGGGCACCAAUGGUCUUCUUUGACACGACCCCAGUUGGACGAAUAAUCAACAGAUUUUCGCGUGACAUAGAUACCAUCGACAACAUCCUUCCAAGCAACACUCAGGAGUCUGUCUCUAAUGGGGCGAUGGUUCUUGUCACCAUCAUCGUCAUCUCCAUCAGUACACCGCUCUUCAUUUUCCUAGUUAUUCCUGUCAUCAUCCUGUAUUUCCUCAUACAGACCUUCUACAUCCCGACGUCCCGGCAGCUGAAGAGGAUGGAGUCGGUCACUCACAGCCCCAUCUACGUCCACUUCAGCGAGACCAUCAGCGGCGGCGCCACCAUCCGCGCCUACCGAGCGGUCGACCGCUUCAUCGAGGAGAUAAAACGACGGGUGGACAGAAACCAGUCCUUGUGCUUCACUAGUCUGAGCGCACACAGGUGGAUGACAAUGAACCUAGAAAUCAUCACAAAUCUUAUCAUUUUCGGUGCUGCCAUCUGUUCCAUUGCCACUCCAGGCAUCGGAGGAGGAUCUUUGGGAUUCUCUGUAACUUACGCGAUGCAGAUGUCGGAAUUUAUCAGCUAUACGGUCCGAAUGAUUACCGACCUUGUGACAAACAUGGUGUCCGUGGAGAGGGUGAGGGAAUACUCACAGCUGGAGUCAGAGGCGCUAUGGACUAACCCUUUGAGACGUCCAGAUCCUUCGUGGCCCGAGAGAGGUCGUCUGCUGUUUAGUGAGUACAGCACGCGCUAUCGACCCGGCCUUGACCUCGUGUUGCGAGACAUCAGCUUCGUUGUUGAGGCUGGUCAGAAGGUCGGCAUCGUUGGAAGGACAGGGGCAGGUAAAUCCUCGAUGACGCUGUCUCUCUUCCGGUUGAUCGAGGCCUGUAACGGCAACAUCAUCAUCGACGGCGUCAACAUCGCCGACAUCGGGCUCCACGACCUGCGCUCUCGCAUCACCAUCCUGCCACAGGAUCCCGUUCUCUUCUCUGGCACCCUACGGAUGAACCUUGACCCGCUGGAUCAAUACUCAGAUGACCAAAUAUGGAAAGCACUGGAGACUGCUCAACUUAAACGCUUUGCAGAAGAGUUGCCAGAAAACCUGAACCACCAGGUCGGAGAAGGGGGACAAAAGCUAAGUGUGGGUCAGCGGCAGUUGGUGUGUCUGGCCAGGUCGCUACUUCGCCGAACCAAAAUCCUGGUCCUGGACGAAGCCACGGCCGCCGUUGACAUGGAGACGGACUCCCUCAUCAAGAACACCAUCCGUGAGGCCUUCAGCUCCUGCACCAUCAUCACCAUCGCACACCGCCUCAACACCAUCAUGGACUACGACAGGAUCCUCGUGCUGGAUGAAGGGUUGGUGAAGGAGUACGACUCGCCCCACGUGCUUCUUGCGGACAAGAAGAGUAUUUUCUACGGCAUGGCCAAGGAUGCUGGGCUUGUGUAACAUGUCAAAGGCACUGACCUGUGAAACUUAUCAGACACGUCGUCCUGUGUGCACCCUUUAGUUUCACGUGGGCUACCAACCUGUUCUACGCAUGCGCAAACAGCUAAAAUCGGUUGAUGUCCAUCGUUUUUCCUCUCAGUCAUUCUGCUAAAAAAUAGAAGACUCAUUUAUUAAAGAGUGUAGUUUUUUUUUUUACUGUUAUAUUGUUUUAUUAAUGUUUUGUAAUCUCCCCUUCUCUAAAACAAAGGUCCUCGGAUUAAUCAAUCAAUCAAUCAAUUAAUCAAUCAAAUUCUUACAAAACGACAUUUUUAACGGAACAAAUGGCUGACGUCCUGACUUCAAUGUCAUGUAAAUCUUGUAUCACAGACUUGACAAUUAUCGCCAGAUGUCGCUGUCCGACCCUCCCGUCUCCCCCGCCCCUAUAAUGUAGAUUAACCGUAAGCCGAAAAAUUUCCUCCAUGAGCGUUGGCGCUUACAGCUACACCAUACGACAUCUGGCUGUAAACUUUGUAGUCUCACACCUACACUAACACAGCCACCUACACAUGGACAAGUCAAGGUGACACGUGACGUGGUAAUAGGAAGGUGCAAGAAUAAGGAAUUUUAUCGGUCAACCUGAGAACAGAUGACUGAUCCAUGAUUCUUGCGCAUACAUUGUGUUGAGGUGGGUUACUGUUUGACAGUCAGUGCCUGCAAUAUCACACACUUGUGAUGAUACGUUGCCUCGUGCAGUUUACAGAAGGCUGAUUGAGUUACAUGUGAAGGAUAAAAUAAACUGGACCUCACCAUCUUUGUCCUGUGUCAGGGUGUCUGUACUCAACACGUGGAGGUGUACAUCGAACGAUAUUCAGUCAAGACAGUUGUACCGGGCAGACAGACAGUCCACCAUGGGUACAGGCAGGCCGCAGUUCUGUAGAGAUCCUCUAUGGAAUUCCAGUUUUUACGAUUUCAACGGUUGGCCACGUCUGACAGACUGCUUCCUCAACACGGUGCUGGUGUGGGUGCCAUGUGCUUGCUUGUGGUGCCCUCUGCCCUUCUACCUGCUGGUGCUCGCCAGGAAAGGGAAAGUCACUCCACUUCAUGUCACCUGGUUGAACUCGGCCAAGACGUGUUUCAGCAUGGUGUUGAGCAUGGUGGCGCUGGUGUCUUUGAUACAAAACUUCAAAUUGUUGACGGAUAGAGGCAGUGACGUGCUUCCGAUGGUCGCCUACCUGGCCAGCGGCCUGCGGCUGGUGUCGUAUUUGUGUACAGCCUUCCUUACACAGUAUGAACGACGACGACAUGUCAUCACUUCCGGUUUACAGUUUGUCUUCUGGAGCUUGUUGAUGUUAUGCGACGUCUUCCUUUUAUACACGGCCAUCAUUGAAGAGGAUUAUAACGACAACAUCCGGAAAUUUGUUUUGCUUUGUGUGAACGUCGCCAUAGAGAGCAUCCAGACAAUCUUGUUCUGCUUCUCGGAAGCUUUUAAGGAAACUCAGACUGGAUAUCAACAUCAGCAGAAGCGUCCAUGUCCAGAAGUCACUGCGUCCUUUCCCAACCGGAUUUUG